CUCUUCCCGUGAUGACGCCGCCGGAGCAGCGCACAACGCGUCUCACGCAACGCUCUGUGUUUUGGAGAAGAACAGAAGAUGGCGACCUCAAACAAUCCGCGGAAAUUUAGCGAGAAAAUCGCCCUUCACAACCAGAAACAAGCGGAGGAGACCGCGGCGUUUGAGGAGGUCAUGAAAGACCUGAGCAUCACGCGAGCUGCACGGCUGCAGUUACAGAAGACCCAGUAUUUGCAACUAGGCCAGAAUCGAGCUCAGUGCUAUGGAGGGUCACUGCCCAAUGUCAAUCAGAUUGGAAAUAGCAACACUGACCUCCCUUUUCAGUCGACAGUUCUAGACACCAGUCGGACGUCCCGACAUCAUGGCCUGGUGGACCGCGUGUAUCGUGACAGGAAUCGCAUCGCUUCUCCACAUCGUAGACCUCUCUCUGUGGACAAGCAUGGACGUCAGAUUGACAGCUGCCCCUACAGCUCGGUAUAUCUGUCACCACCUCCCGACACAAGUUGGAGGAGGACCAACUCUGACUCGGCACUACACCAGAGCGCUGUGAAUCCAGCUCAACAGGACACUUUUGUUAGUGGAUCUCAAGAAUUGCAGUCAAAAGGAGUGAAAACAUUGCUGUUGCUCACCCCUCCAGAUACAGAGGACACUGAGUCAGAGAUGGAGAAAGACGAGCCCAAAGCAUCUCUGCAUACAGAGUCAUGUGAUGUUCCUGGGAUUAACAUAUUUCCAUCUCCUGAUCAAGAAAUGAAUAGCUCUUUGAUGCCAGCUGCUCACAGCACAGGCGGCUCCUUACCUGAUCUGACAAACAUUCAGUUCCCUCCUCCUCUCCCCACCCCGCUGGAUCUAGAUGACCCAAUUACCUUUCCUACGUCCAGCUCCAGUUGUACCAGCAACCUGACCACCAACCUGACACACUUGGGCAUCAGUGCUGCCAGUCACGUCCCUCCCUCCCCACCUGCCCAGCACACUGGCCCCGUCCCCUCACCCAAUAUCAGCCUACAGCAGCCAGCUCCCACGCUACCACCUGCGGUCUCACCUCAGAUACCCAUCGCACAGCCAAUCACGAUGGACAGUCUGUCACUGGAGCAGCAGCUGUCUCAGUACUCACUGCUGAGUUUACUGAAUGACCUGCAGAAACAGCCGCAUACCCUUCCUCAGAACAUUCGUCUCAUACGGCUCCCUCCUCUCACCGUAAGCUCCACCGUCCAGACCUCUCUUGCCAGCCAAUCAGAGACAGCCACAAGUGGAACUGCCAACUCAUAUCGCAGUCAGACCGGCUCUUCAACCAAUCAGUCACCAACAUCUCCAGUGUCCAAUCAGGGCUUCUCACCUGGCGGUUCACCACAACAUAUUCAGGUGGUUGGGAGCAUCUUUGGAGAUUCAUUCUAUGAUCAGCAACUUCCGUCCAGACAGACCAAUGCCCUAUCUAACCAGCUGGAACAGUUCAACAUGAACAUGAUGGAGAAUCUGGGUGACUCCAGUCACUGUUCAACCCUGAACUACACACAGGCAGCCAUGAUGGGUUUAACUGGGAGCCACAGCAGUCAGCAGGAGGCACAGCAGCUGAGCUACAGUAGCCAUGGCAACAUUCCCAACAUCAUUCUCACAGUAACAGGGGAAUCUCCACCCAGUCUCUCCAAAGACCUCACCAGCUCAUUGGCCAGCGUUGGUGACGUCAGCUUUGAUGCAGACUCUCAGUUCCCAUUGGACGAGUUGAAGAUUGACCCCUUGACACUAGACGGACUGCACAUGCUCAACGACCCGGACAUGGUUCUCGCCGACCCGGCAACUGAGGACACAUUCCGCAUGGAUCGACUGUGAACCUGUGAAUGCAAUUUUAAGCGAGACAUUCCCCUGCAUGGCCUCUCUGUUCACCAUCUGGUGAGUGGCUGACCUCGUCCUCCCAACCACCCACACAACAGCAUGCUGCCUAACCGCUCAUGGCCAGGAGCUGGUGAUGGCAGCGAGGGUGGAGGUGGUGGAGGUGGAAGUCCUGUAUCCACACUGGAUAGUUUCCAAUGCGCAAUACCGUCCACCAUCCACUCUCUUCAUGUAUUCAUGUUUUGUUUUUGUUUGUUUGCAUUUCGUUUUCUUGGUUGGUCGCCAACAUCCAUUUU